CUUGGAUUAGCCACCAAUUGUUAGCAGGACAUCAGUUCCUUUUCGACACUCAUCCAGCUAUCAUGAAGUACCGCAUGUUGAACAAACGCAAGCUAGCGACUAGUCCUUCGCCAGUGAAGGGUACCAUAAAGGAAAACGAAGUCAUCAUAGAUACCACCGCUCAUAGUGCCCUAGAGCUGGAGGCUGCAUCCGCUCUCCUCUUGCUCCGCUAUCAAUACGAUCGUCAGAUCUGUAAUAAUAUUAUUUCAUACACGGCAACGACCCGAUCACCAACACCGCCGCCUGUGAUCGCUGACAAUACGACACCCAAGGAUCAGACAGUUCGUCCGCCUGUCGCUCCCACUCAGCCUUUGAAGAAACGAUCCAUACCACCGCAUCUCCUGCGACGAUCCUUGACGCCAGCCAAAUCUUCCUCGGUGACCAGUAACAACUCCAUAGUGAAGGCGAAGGCAAGGACUCCUGUUCCCGGAAGCAACCAAACUCGCGGCUGCAAUAAGUCCUUGCUCAAAUCCUGCAGAAAUAUGAUUCGUGAGUUCUUGGACAAUCAGGAGCUUAUCUAAUAAGUGAUGACUUUUCAACAAUUAUCUAAGAAAUCUUGAAUUUAAACCACAAACAUUCUAAUCAUAGAUUUUAGAAAUCUUUU